AUGGGAUUCAACCCUCAACAAUUGCAGUUUGUUGUUGCUGUUUUUGCUCUGCGAGCAAUGACGAAAUCUACAUGGGAUAAGAAGGUUGAAGUUUAUAGGAAAUGGGGAUUGUCUGAAGAAGAGAUCUGUUUGGCUUUUAGAAGGCAUCCAUGGUGUAUGAUGCUUUCUGAGGAUAAGAUUAAUGGUGCAAUGGAUUUUUUUGUCAACAAAAUGGGAUGCGAAUCAUCUUUCGCUGCUAGAAGACCACUUGUACUUUCACUUAGUUUGAAGAAGAGGAUUUUGCCUAGAGGCUAUGUUUAUCAAGUUUUGCUGUCAAAGGGUUUGAUUAAGAAACACGGGAAUCUUCAUUUGUUCUUUGGGUCUUCUGAACACCGUUUCAUAGAAAAAUUCAUCAACCCUCAUAAGGAGCAGAUUCCUGGAUUGUUGGAGUUGUAUGAGCAGAUGAGAACAGAUUCGAUCACUAUGAAAAUUUAA